GAGACGAACUUCAGGGGCCAAAACAUAAUUAUUUUCCAGAGGUUGAAAGCCAUCUUGCUUCUGCCCGAGAUACAACUGACAACGUUAGCCGCCGCGCCUUGCAUCCAUCUGUUUUCUCUACCUUGCGAGCGGAGCCUCUUCCUUGAAAUCUCCGGCACCGGUGCAUACUGUAAUCUUUCUUCUUUUCUUGUUGGGCCAUCUCUCUCUCUCUCUUUCUGCAAUCAGACCACUUCUUGGCGAUUCGGACUUCAGAUCCGCAGGCGCCCUCUUCUUGAUGCUAUGCACUCAGCGUAAAAGAAAACUUGCAAAACAGGGCAAUCCUUUUCAGACUGGAAAGACAAUCAUGAUCCUGCUUUUGAGCAUGUCUCGCUGUAUCAAUGGUAUGGGAUCUCCUGUUAUGGGAUAUACUGCCUAUUAAGAGUAGAAUCUGAGAGGCGUGAUCUAAGAUCAAGAUGACUAUACCUCAAAGCCAAAAAAUUGGACGUCCAUUGAUGAAGCUUAUCAGAUUGAGAGAAUGGCCUAUUCUGCAGCAGCUGCAUAUUGAGGAGCAGUUACUUCGGACCUCGUCGGAAAAUUGGUGUAUUAUAAAUGAUGGCACUAGGGCACCUACCAUUGUCAUGGGUGUUUCUGGGAAACCUGCCGAACUACUUGAAAUUAAACCAGUGUUACACGAUCAGGUACCUGUCAUCAAAAGGUUCACUGGGGGAGGCACUGUUAUAGUGGAUGGUGGGACAAUCUUUGUUACUUUCAUAUGCAACAAGGAUUCUGUCCCUGAUUUGCAGCCGUAUCCUCGACCCAUCAUGUCUUGGAGCAGCCUAAUCUACAAUGAAGUGUUCCAAGGAACUGGCGAUUUCCACCUCCGCGAGAAUGAUUACGUGUUUGGCAGUCGCAAGUUUGGAGGGAAUGCGCAAUCCAUCACUAAAGGCCGGUGGAUCCAUCACACAUCUUUCUUGUGGGACUACGAGAUCAGAAACAUGGCUUAUCUGAAGCUGCCUUCACGUGCUCCCGAAUAUCGAUCAGCAAGGGGCCAUUUGGAAUUUAUAUGUCGCAUGAGGGACUACAUAUCAAGGUCAGAUUUCAUCGACAGAACAAUAAGGGCACUUGGAACCCAUUUUUCUGUGGAACCUGAAGAGUUGGAAGCAAUUCAAUCCGUGCCGAGCACAAAGUUUUCCCCCUCAUCCAGGCUACUGACGACACAGGAACUAGAAUCGGCAUUAUGUGAAUUAGAGUCUCCGAAGUCUCUUGCUUGUUCCUCAUCUCCAUGAUAAUUUACUGAUGCUGUUUCUUCUACCAAGCUAUUUAACAUUCUUCCUAAUGCGAGAGUUCUAAAUGUAUGAUUCUUUUCCCUGUACUGUGAUUUGCAACUGUCAUUGUACUUGAACUCCGUUAUCAGACUUUCUGAAUUCGAAACUGGUAAAAUAAACUGGAAAGCAUUUUCGUUUUU